CCAAUUCAUCUCCUCUGAAAACAGAGUAUAUCUUCUUGUGUUAUUCCAUGGCAGAGAAACAUUCCCACUUGAACGGAGCCUACCACCGCCACGGCCAUGGUUCUGGCUGUGGCUGCUGCUGCCUCCUGAGCUUCCUUAUCAAGCUCAUAGUCACCGCUGUCAUCAUCUUGGGUCUGGCUGCCCUCAUCUUCUGGCUCAUAUUCCGCCCCAACAUAGUUAAGUUUAAGCCCAAGAUUGAGUGUGAUUUGAAAGUCCCAUUGAACGGCUCUGCGGAGACAACCAAGUGCAAAAUCGAUUUCUUCUGAUCGUGACGGCUGACAUCUGAUUGUUUUGAUUGUGAUUUUGCACUCUGCAUUUUUUUUUUCUGAUGUGCUUUUUUUUCUUUUUUGUUAUAAUUCUUUUAUUUUUUGCGUAGAUAUUAAUACAUAUAUGCAUCGAUU